AUGUAUUGGUAAAGAGGAAAUAGUGCAGUAAAAACUCGCAAAACAAAUGAUAAAUUAAAUAAAAGCGAUUUUUUAACAGAGGAUGAAUAAGUCAGAUACCCACCAAUUAAAAGACUUGAUUCCUUUGAUCAUGAGAAUUCUGAAUUCUCUAUAAUAUAGUUAGAUUAAAAAAAUGCCAGAAGACUGAAAACUAAAAGCGUGUAUUAAUCUCCUUCAGUUAAAGGGAGAAAUUUUGUACCAUCAAGUUAGUAUCUAAGUGAACAAAAAACAAUUCCUAAAGAUUAUGAUUAAGGAACUGUAAAAUUUGCCUAAAAUGGAUCAACAGUUCCAUUUUCAGAUGUUGUUUAACUGAAAAAAAGAAUUUUAUCUUUAGAAAUUCAAAAUGAAACAUUAGAGCAAAUAUCUGAUUUGUUGAAACAUAAAAAUGAUACUAUGGAAAGUGAGUUAAACCAUUUAAGAAAGACAAUUAUUAAUCCUGAUAAAAAUGACGACCUUUAAAGAGAAUUACUGCUGCGUGAAAGUGAAGAUAAGAGAUAUGCUCUUCAACAGUAAAUGAAACAAAUGAAUAAAUAAUAUGAAACAAGUAUUUAGAAUCUUAUCGAGGAAAAGUCUAUACUAACUAGAGAAAAUAAAUUACUUCGCAAAGAAUUAAAUUAAAAAUAAGGCUUAGACCUUGAACCUAGUUCUAAAAGAAUUGCUGAGCUUGUUAACUUGGUAGAUGACUUAAAAGUUAUUUUGAAUAAAAAGAACGAAGAAUAAGAGAAAUUACAGUAUAAAAUAGAAAUGAUGGAAUAAGAGAGAGGAGUUAGACUUUAGUUAGAUGAAAAUGAUGAUUUUAAAAGACCAUCUGCAGUUCUUAAUUCAUAUAGAGAUUAAUAAAAUCUUAAAGAUGGUAAAGUUACUAGUAAUGAAGCAGAGCUAAAUUAAAAGAUUAGAGAUUACGAAGAAAAUAUUUUAAGAAAAAAUAGAGAAUUAGAAAGAAAUGAAGAUAAAAUCAAAAAACUCUAAGCAGUUAUCAAUGAGGCUUAUAAUACAAUUCGUACUUACUACAAGGAUGUUCUUGUAGAUUCAGAUGCUCAUAAAUCAAUAGACAAUAGAGUAGUGAAAGCCUAAAAAAUGCAAGAUACAGAUAAUUAGUAAUUAAUUGAAGUUCUCAAGGAACUUCUGAUGAGAAGAGAAGGUCUUGAAGUUACGAUGAAAUAAGAAAUUUUAAAUACAAAUCAAAAAAUGAAAAUUUUGGAAGAUGAAAUCACAAAAUAAGAUGAAUUAACAAAAUUAGAUUUAGUAAAGUUAAAGAAUGAAGCAAGGAAUGCUAAAGAUAAAUCAAGAGAGUUAUCUGUUUUCAAUGCUCAGCUUGAAUAAUAGCUUACUCAUGAAAAAUAAGAGAGAAACAAACUCUUGAAAGAAUACGAAGCACAAAAGAAUGAAUUCAUGAAGAAAAUUAAAGACUUAAAUUAAGAAAUCAAUUAAAUUGUAAACUCAACAGAAAAUGAAAUCAAUAAAAUGAAAAUAGAAAAUUAUUAAAACCAAGAACAAAACAAACAAUUACUAUAACUGAUCAGUAAUAAAGAAAGAGAAAUAGCAUAACUAAGAUACAAAGUUGUUUAGAGUGAAGAAGAGACUUAAAGACUGAGAAAGAAGACUCUAGAAGGAGCCUCCUCUAGUUACUAAAUGCCAGCAAUCAGGUAGCAAGGUCGCUCAUCAAAUGGAUUUGAUAAAGCAUUGGGAUCUACUACACCCUCUUCAGGACUCAAAGCUAAAAUAUUAGAUUAGUAAUAAGGAAGUAUAAAUUACUCCACUCUAUCAAAUUUUAAAAAUGGUAGCAACUCAAUUAUAUUGCCUUAAACUCCUGGCUCUAAAGUUACAGGAUCUCAAGUAAUCUAACCUGUUAACGAUGGCAAUAACCCUUUUAUGAAAAUAAAGUACAUAAGAUCCUUAAAGGAAUGGGCCGUGUAUUGGAAAUAUUAUUAAGAUAAUAUUUCAUACAGAAUUUAGCUAUUAGAAAAGUUAAUGUAGACAGACUCUCUAAGAGAAAAUUUUACUUAGUCAGAAGAACUAAAGCCUAAAGUUUUUAGAGAGGCACUUGAAGUAAAUAAUGUUUAACUCUAUGAAUUAACUACUCUUUUAAUGGCAGACACAAUCGAUUUAGACAGACUAACAAAAGAAGAAAUUAGAAUGAUCUAAAAUGGAAAUAUUAUCGUUAAAAAUCUUAGACCACCUAGAAUGGAUGAAGAUAUUCAAGAUUAUCACAACUUGCAUAUGAGUGCAUUGAAAGUUUUGUCUUACAUGGAUAAUUCCAAUAUGGAUUGGACUGAAUCAAUGUCCGAUGAAUUAAUGAAUGUCAAUGGGCUUAAAACUUUAGUUUAAUAUGUGAAAUAAGAUGCUAAAGAGUGGCCCAAGCUUCUAUCCUUAAACGUUCUGCACAUGAUGGCAAGAAAGAAAGCUCUAAUUAAUUUUAUGGUUUCUUACGAUAUUGCUCAACCUUUGCUUGAUAAUUUAGAUAAUAUUAAUGGUGAAAUUCAAAGAGCCACACUUGCACUACUUGUUCCUUUGCUUCCUGAAGAACAGUUUAUUAAUUCGAUUAAAGAUAUUAAGUAACUUUUGAAACUCUCAUAACUGAUAAUGUCUGAUAACAACAGUAUUUUAUCUAACUCAAUUCAAUGCAUGUGUUUGAUCAUCCCAACUUUCUCUUACUAAAAAAUGUUAUACAAAACUGAUAUCAUUGAAAGAAUAGCUACAGUAGCAGGAACAUCUCCUUAUCCUACAACAAGAAUUCAUGCUUUGAAUCUUUUCAAGAAACUUAUUGACCAUUCAAAUGAAAAAGAAUGUGAAAUGUUAAAUGUCUAGGGCACAGGACUUAUCUUAAGAAAUUUAGAAGUUGCCGAAGGUGAAACCCUUAAAGAAGUUACUCCCCUCAGAGAUGUGCUAUAUAAAAGCUUAAAAAUUAUCCGUGCAUUAAUUGAAGAUUUCCCCUGCCCUGACGAGCAUUUGCUUUGCUAAAGAAUUAUGCGUCUAUUCUGUGAUGUAAGACUUAAAAAUGAUAACAAAACAGAAUAAAUAGUUUUAGAAAUAAUUCAUGUUUUAUGGGAUAAGAUGGAAAGUGUAAUGGUAAACCAUUUACAUGAUAGAGAUGUAUUAAAAGCAAUAGUUGAAGGUUAUUUAAGAAGUACCAACUUAACUGAUGGUAUCAACUAUGGUCUUAUGCUUGUAGGUAUAUGUGAAAAGGAGACUAUGAAUGGAUACAUAGUUGACUUGAAGGGAAGAGAACUUAUAAUGAAAGUUGUUUAAAAUUGCCAUCAUUUAGAUUACAAAACUGCUAUAACAGCAGCAAAAAUUUUGGUGUUCUUAGUUUAAGAGCCAAGGACAUAUGAAUAUAUAGAUGCAGGAGACUUGAAUGGAAUUGCUAAGCUCUUAAAGAAAGAAGAAACUUAAGAAGAAUUUAUAAGCCAUUCACUUGAUAUAAUAUUUUACACUAUGAAAAAUCCUAAAGGAUUAAGAGCUUUAAUUGAUUUUGAAAUAGUUGAAUCAUUAUUCUAAAUUAUGGACGAAUCUCUUUACUCUGUCAAUAUUAUGGUUAAAUGCUUCCAAUGCUUAGAACUUGUCCACACAUUAUAUACAGAUAGAGAUAUUUUGAAAGAAAUGUGCAUAGAUGAUGAAAGUACAGGACCAGAUAUUCUUAACGGAUUAGCAAAUAUGUGCUUAGUGAAAGUAUAGAAGGAUUUGGGAAUGAGCUCUCUAUUCUACUGGAGAUUCCUUGCUAAAUAAAGUGCUGCUAACGAUAUGAUAACUGUAGUGUACCACAGAGCAGAUGAAUUCAUUCAAAGUUUAGUUAAAUUGAAAAAAUCUUAUCUCACGUUGGUGCCAGAGUUAAGCUCUUAAAUUAGUACUAUUUUACAAAAUUUAAGUUAUAAAAGUGCAGAGUUAAGAGAUAUUCAUCAUAAAUAUGAACAUUGA